CCUCUAAGGAGCAGGCGUACCAGUCUCUCUACAAAAAGACGAGGUAUAACUGUUCCAAAACCGUUUAAAAUGACUGAAAGGGAUGAAGAAGAUCGUAUAGUCAACGAACUGCGUUCCAUACAAAAGUCAUUUUCCGAAGACAUGCUCGAUCGGAAAUGUAAAAGAAAAGGUUUCAGGGCAAACCCAGUACCCAUAGAGUCCCGGAUACUGUUGUAUGAUAAGAUUAUGGAAGACCAAGCGAUGAGGAGAGCAAUAACAAAAAUCAACAGUGAAGCAGAAUUGAGAGCCCAAAUGAAACCGUUCAGUUUUACAAAGCGCGAGGAAAAUGGUUCUGGUCUUUGUGAAAGAGCCUGUCAUAUUGUGCCUAAGACCAAAAAGAAGAAGCGAUUCAGGGCCCGACCUGUACCUAAAAGUUUAUUUUCCAAUUACUUUUAUAACAAAGUAAAAGAGGACAACUUCUUCAGGAGCAUGAACCGUCGAAUCAGAGCUGAAGAGAUGUUACGUAACGCAAUUACUCCGGGGACCAUGACGUCUCGAGAACGAAGCCGGCUGUCCACUCCUGGAGCUCAUAGUGACCUGCCCGUAGACCCGUCGCCUGCUGCACCCUCCGUCACCUCGUCCGACUAUCUACGAUCUAGUCCUACGAAAACCCUCCGCAAAAACAAAACCUUUAUUACUACCAGCCCUCAACCAUUUCGUUUAAAUACUGCUGAUAGAGCUGAUAAAAAGAUGAAAGAUAUAGUGAGAAAAAUAAAUAGUGACAGCAAAUGUUCGAUCAGUUCAAACAGCAACCAGGAUAACUGUGGAUCCAGUAAAGCAUACUCCGCUUUAGAAUUGAAAGGUGUCGAGUCAGGAAGAUCUAAUUUAGCAGCCAUUCUGCGGGCAGAGGCAGUAAGAAGGAGAUUUGACUUAGAAGCGGCGCAAAGCAUGGCAGAACAGAGACGACGAAACGAAAUGAAGUAUCGAGGCCGUUUGCUACGAUCAAACCCAGCUUGGUAUCUUGUGAAGAAUAAGUAUGGUUAUGGUUUAUUAUCUUUCUCAAAAACACCUACGGAAUGUUAA